AUGAGCGCUGAAGAAAUAAAUCUUGACCUUAACCUGGACAACAAGGAUGUGCUGGCCUUUGUCGAGCUUUUGAAGAAAUAUGAGUUGAAAAAUAUGGGAGAUUUGGAGCAACUGUACCAUAUAGCGACAAAUAGCUGCCAAUCCACUGAGUCGCAAAAAUACGUGGAGUCGUACUCGCGCUUGCGUGCAUUUGUUGAACAAUCGGCGCCGGCUUACCAGGCCGAGCUGUCCUUGGUGCUCUAUCCGAUUUUGGUGCAGAUCUAUUUUAAGAUGAUUUCGAGCGAAUCAAUCGAAAAAGCACGAGCCUUUUUGAAAAACAACCAGUCCCAACUGGAUGGCCAUCAUCUUACAAAUUUGGCGAGCCUGCAGCACUUGUUUAGGCCGGAAGAUGCUGCGAAGAGCGAUUACGUGAGUGCCAUGCAGACGGAUAAAUUCGGCAUACGCAUGUGCAAAGAUGCGUACGGCCUGAUCAUGGCACACUUGCAGGAUCCUGACCAGCAACUGUUAGCCGACAUCGCAGCCAAGAGUCUGCACUUCGAUGUAUACGAGGGCAUGCCACGGAACAAGGAGCAGUGCUUGGCCACAUCUGGCUCACAUAUUGGCGAGGCCAAGAAGCAGGACAACAAGAAGCGCGUUCUGUUUGGCGUAGAAAAAGAGCCAGACUUGGCGGCAAUGCUGGAGGAGAAGAACGCCGCCCAUAUGGCCACUACAUCGGCUGGCGGCGGCAAUAAAAGGAAGUCCAUAAAAGUCUCCAAGUCGAGGAAAUUGGAACAGGACGCGAAUGUGCCGCCCCCCGGACGAAUUCCGUUGCCGGCACUCAAGGAUGUGGACCAUCUGCGCCAGAUACAGCGUCUAGAAGAUUCCGGUAGACAAAUCAGCCUCGGCAGAAAGCAGUUGCCAACUGCAUUAUUUUACACCAUCAUGAAUUCCAAUAACGGUUUGACAUCAGCUGAAAUCUCCGAGGAUGCAUCUAUGCUGGCUUGUGGCUUGGCCGACGGCAGUGUGUGCAUCUGGUCAUUGACGGCUGACAAGCUGCUUGCCCUCAAGGAAGCGGGAGAGCUCCAAAGGCUGCACUCUGCUCCCGAGGCAAUGAGGGCGUGCAUGCUUGACGAGAGCAGUGGUCAGAAAAAGCGUCUUCUGCUUGGUCACAAGGGUCCAGUGUAUCGCGUAUCCUUUUCGCCUUGCCAGCAUUUGUUGGUCUCCUGCUCCGAGGACUGUCACAUUCGUUUGUGGUCGCUUCAGACCUGGACCUGCUUGGUCAUUUACCGCGGACACGUCUAUCCGGUGUGGGAUGUACGCUUCUCGCCGAAGGGCUUCUAUUUCGUUUCUUGUUCGUAUGACAAGACCGCACGCUUGUGGGCCACAAACUCCCACAAGUCACUUCGGUUCUUCGUUGGCCAUUUAUCGGAUGUGGAUUGCGUCGAAUUUCAUCCUAACACAAAUUAUAUUGCGACUGGUUCUGGUGAUCGCACUGUGCGUCUCUGGGAUGUUGCCACCGCAAAAUCAGUGCGCAUUAUGACGGGACACAAGAGUUCGGUCAUGUCCUUGGCCUUCUCCAACUGUGGCCGUUUUCUGGCAUCUGGCUCGAUCGACAAGAACGUCAUCGUUUGGGAUGUAGCCACCGGCAUAUUGGUAACCACACUGGUUAGCCACACUCACACCGUUGUAGCUCUCGCCUUUAGCCGGGACAACACUAUGCUCGCAACCGGCGGUCUGGGCUGCCGUUUGGCACUAUGGGACUUCAAGCAAAUCGUCCUAGACUACGUAUCCAAAAUGCCAAAUCUAUGUAGAGAUAAUAAUAAUAUAGUCGGCACUAAAUACCUUGUGAACUCUUACCCCAGCAAGGAGACACCAUUUGUGACUCUGCGCUUCAGCCGUCAAAACCUCCUGCUAUGCGUUGGAUAUUUCAAGACCUAG